AAAGGGGAUCAUUUUAAUGCAUCAGAUGCAGAUGGAGAUGGCCAGUUGAAUAUCACAGAGUUCAAUGAUUUUCUGCAUCCAUCUAAUACAACCAAUCCCAAAUUGCUUGAGUGGUUGUGCAAGGAAGAAAUAAGGGAAAGAGAUACCGACAAAGAUGGGAAGAUUAAUUUUAAAGAAUUCUACCAUGGAAUUUAUGACUUGAUUAGAACACAUGGUGAAGGGGUUCAUGAUUCGUCACAUGAACCUGCUGAGGAGGCCCCAGCAAAAUUAUUGUUCAGUCAGCUUGACAAAAAUGGUGAUGGCUAUUUGUCACAUGAAGAAUUGCUACUGGUUAUUCGAAAAAUACAUCCCUCGGAGCUCUAUUAUGCUAAACAGCAGUCAGAGUACAUCAUGCAGCAGGCUGAUGCAGAUAACGAUGGGCGUCUGAGCUUGCUCGAGAUGAUUGAGAACCCAUAUGUUUUCUAUAGUGCUGUAUUUGAUGAAGAUGAAGACGAAGAUUAUGAUUACCAUGAUGAAUUCCGCUAGAACCAUCCACUGUUGGGUGGCGGCCAAGGUUGUGGUUUCACUCAGAAAUACAAUAUGCUUCUUUAAUCCUUUCACCUCAAACAACAGGUGCUGAUCUGCUGGUAGUGACACUCUAAAAUUUUGUUCCUCAAACUAAUACUAUAACAACCCCCCUCCCCCCUCCAAAAAAAGGUGUAGAUUAUUUGUAACUAUGAUUUCUCAUAAUUUACUUGUAAUUUUAUAGGGGAUUGGUUUUUGAAUCAGUGAAUUCUUGGCAAACAUCAUUUUUUGAAAUA